CGAUUUCAAGUGAUUGGCUCAGUAACACGUUGAUUAUUUGAUUGGCUCAGUGAUUAACUCAGUAAUGGAUUAGUUGAGUGGUUGAUUGGUUGAUUGGUUGGCCCGCAUUGGGCGGGGGGGUGGGAGUGAAAUUUGUUUUGUCGUUUUCCGUAUAGCAAGGAAGAGGAGUCUUCGGUCAAAGCGCGCUCUUCAUCUAGACGGGUCGGGUCGGAGGACCCAGCUCGAUGACUUACUUGUUCUGAUCGAGAUUCCGUUGCCACGUCACCGGCGGUUGAUGAGUGGCUGAUUGGUGGUCACAUGUCCGUGACCAGAUCUCGUUGCCACGUCACCACUUCAAUGCUGACGUGUCCCACUCGCAGUCCCUUUCCUUUCGAGCACUAUUGACAAACGAUAGGUCGCAAGAUAUCCAACUUGAUAUAUAAAUAUAUACGCAGAGGAGAGAGAGAGAGAGAGAGAGAGAGAGAGAGAGAGAGAGAGGUGCAAUGUCGUCGGCUUGUUCUCAGGCGAUAGGGGCGCCGGCCGUGGGGCCAUGCCACGUGGCUCGACAUGGAAGCUGCACGUCGACGUCGAGCAUCGAUGGCCGAUCGCGUUCAGGUGCAUUUUUGUCAGCCUGGUUGCCACGUGGCGGAUGCAUAGCGGCGGCUGGGUCUCCUGUCCCAUCUCACGUUCACUGUUCGUCCUUGGCGCUGACGUGUCCACGGUUUCUCGCCGGUCGAUGCUCGUCGGGAUCGGGAUCGUCGAUGCUGGUGCGCCGAUCGGAGCUCAGGUCUGCCACGUGGCGGCCCAAUCAAUCGACACGUGGACGAAAGAAGAGGAGCAUGGGCGGGAACGUGGAGAUGAGCGCGUACAGCAAGAGUGAUGACAGCACGAAUGCCGCCGUCGCUGUUGGAAGGAGAAUGCGAGGGGGUGAAAGUGGGACGGUGUUUGUAUCCGCAUCAUCGGGAUCUGAGUCGAGAGCACGGAAUGGAGUGACUUCUACUACCACCUCGGUUGCGACCCCGGCAGGAGGCUCUGUUCCAUCGACAACCUCGUCUCCCUACCCGGGAUCACCCUUGCUAUGGGUGGGAGUUGGUGUUGCGAUCUCCGUGAUCUUUCACAGGCCAAGUGGAUGCGAGGGGCGCUGGAACUUUUCUAUGGGCCGAUUGUUGAAGAACAGUGAGCGGAUGACGAAGAACGGGAGUAAAUAUAUGUAUGUGAUCGAUGGGCUGCUCAAGAACCCGAUGAAAAACAGUGUGGCAGUGGCCACAGGGCCGUAUAUCUUCGAAGAAGUCAGGGUGAUUCCGAGCGAGACACCCUUCUGCAAAAUCUGCUUUACACACGGUCAUCUGAUCCUGCACGGCCGCUGCCUCACUCGAGUCGAAACGCUCCAAGAGUUGCAUGAUAGGGAGGUGAGGAGUAUGAUGGAUCCGAUACUGCAAUCCAACCCUGAAUUGGAAUGUAAGGCUUGGCGGGAUCUGGAGCUGCGAAUGGAUGAGACGCUGUUGAAGGACGCCCGGGUAUCGACACAGGGGGUGGGGGAACAGACAAGUGCGAGGGCGGCAGGCCCGAGUAAUAGAAGGAGGGCCCGCCGGGGAGGAGGACACUGGCGGAAUGUGCCGUGGGAAGGAUGUGUGGAUGACCCUAUGCAGACCGAUGAGCCGUAUUGGCUGUUUGGCACUGACCGCAAGAGAAAGGGGGAGCAGCCGGGUGAGGAUGAAGAACGAUCAUCUAAAAUGGGAGGGUUAGAACAACCGGCUAGAGGGGGCGAACACGACGCACGGGAGGAGAGGAUGGGUACUGACAAAGAAGGGGCGGUGGAGGAACCCGAAACCGGAGGGUCAAAGAGAAAGAACGAAGCAGUAUUCGAAGGGGGAGACGGGAUGGGUGGAGAGGAUGAUAACGAUGAGGAAGUCAAGGGAGAGGGACAAGGGGUCGAAACAGGGCGGGUGGAUUUGGGAAGUAGCCUGGCCAUGGGAGAUCGGGAGGCAGGAAAGAAGGAGGGAGAGGGGAAAUUAGAAGAGAUGACGGACAAACAGGACGCUGGGGGAGGGCUGCAACAGGGGGGCCCUUCAGAGACCACCGGGGGAUCGGGUGCGAAGAAGGAAGGGAAAGAGAAAGGGGAAGAGGCUGUGGACGACAUGGGCCAGGCAACGGAAAUAUCGAAAGGUCGAAGUGACCGGGUGGGGGAGGGGGGGGGGAUGAAGAAGAACCUCCAUUGGAUCGCUAAGGAGGUUGAGAAAAGGAGCGCCGAACUGCAGAGGGCAGCAAUGCAGCAGAUUCUGAAGAGCAUGACGGGAGGCCCGCCUGGUACUUCAGCUCCGCCUUUUGGAAUGCCCCCAUUCCCAAUGCCUCCUUCAUCGCCACUAGGUACUCCGCCGCCAGCAUUUACCCCUCCUGCUUCUUUCCCCCCUCCACCAACUUACACAACUGAGUCUUCUCCAUCCUCAACAACCUCAACGGCGGGAGCGGACGACAGUUCUGUUUCAGCACAGGCGCACGAAGCCUCACCAGUUGCAGCGGUGCAGCGGAAACCAGCAUUCACUGACGUCAGCCCUGACGCCAUGGGAUGGGAAGGAGGAAGCAAGCCUGCAGAGGAAGGAAAAGGACCGUUCUUCCACGAUGCGGAGGUUGUGGAUUCCAAUGCGAGCAGCAGCGGAACAGGGAGCUCCCAAACUGGAGGCGGUGCAGCGGCUGGAGCAAAAGAAUCUGUUUUCACAGUCGAGGCGCUUGAAAAGAUGAUGGAGGAUCCAAUGGUUCAGAAGAUGGUCUAUCCGUACUUGCCUGAGGAGAUGAGAAAUCCUGCAACGUUCAAGUGGAUGCUUCAAAACCCUCAAUACAGGCAGCAAUUACAGGAAAUGCUAGGCAACAUGGGCGGUGACGCAGCUUGGGACGGUAGGAUGGCAGACAUGAUGAAGAACUUUAAUUUGAGCAGUAAUGAAGUCAAACAGCAAUUUGACCAAAUCGGGAUGAAACCGGAAGACGUGAUCUCGAAGAUAAUGGCGAAUCCUGACAUUGCCGUUGCAUUCCAAAGCCCCAAGGUUCAAGCUGCAAUCAUGGAUUGCUCGCAAAACCCCCUGAAUAUAAGCAAGUACCAGAAUGACCGAGAGAGGUUAAUGUGCCGUAGGGUUGGCUGCAUUUCAGCAAAGGCUAGGAGGCUGUUCGAGUAUUCUGCUUGCCUAUUCAACGACGCCAGCAUUGGUGGUUAUGCAGGAAGGGGAUCUGGCUAUUUGGCUCUUCUGUUCACUUGCUAUUCAGUACGGCGAGCUGACUGUUUCGCAGAGGUUAAUGUGCACUAGUAUCGCUUGGAUUUCAGCAAGGCUAGGAGGCUAUUCUGCUGUGUGUUCAGCAAGGCCCACUCUGGCUAUUGAAGGGCCAGUACAUGGCCCCAGGCUACUUCAAAAGCAAAUGCCUCCCUCCUACAAUUUCGGAGUGGCUCAGGGUUAUGGGAUCGCAAUGGCUGUCGGCGCUAGCCAAACAUAGCAAAAGAAGUGCUUCGCUGGCAGUUUUGCAAAGCUUGGCGCGCAGUGCGAGCCCGCCAGCCUCAGCUGUACGAGAGUGGUUUAAAAGUGUUGCUGGUCGCUAUCCAGGAAUGCUAUCUGGCUAUUUGGCUAUUCUUCUGCUGUUUCAUCAAGGCUAGUUGGCUGUGACAGACUGUUCUGCUGCUGCCUGUUCAACAGUUCGAUCACUUUGGGCAUUCCUCUGCUGGCAAUUUGGCUAUUCGGCUAUUCGCCAACGCUAUCUGCUGAUUCAUCAAGGCUAGCUGGGGGAUUCAGCUAUCCCUUUGCUGGCAAUUUGGCUAUUCGGCUAUUCGCCAACGCUAGCUAGCUGACUAUUCGGCUAGUUUGCUGGCUAUUCUUACCACUUUGUAUUGGAGGUUGUUCAUCAAGGUUAGCUGGCGAUUCACCUAUCGCUCUGCUGGGGAUGUGGCUAUUAGGCUAUUCGCCAACGUUGGCUGGCUGUUCAGCUAUGUUGCUGGCUAUUCUACCCCUUCGAAUCGGAGGUUGUUCGUCAAGGCUAGCUGGCGACCGAGCUAUUCUUCUGUUGGCUAUUCUGCAACACCUGGUUGCUAUUCAGUCUAGCUGUUCUGGUGGCUAUUCAGUCUAGCAGUUCUGGUGGCUAUUCGUUCUAGCAGUUGUGGUGGCUAUUCACUACAGCAGUUCUGGUGGCUAUUCAGUCUAGCAGUUUUGGUGGCUAUUCAGUCUAGAAGUUCCACUGGUUAAAGGAUGAUAGACAGGCUAUGAUGUCUAUUAACCACUUCGGACUUGAGGUGGCUCAUCAACCCUAGCUGGUGACUUAGCAGCUCUUAUGUUGGGGAUUCUGCAAUGCCGGAUGGCUAUUAAGUUGAGCAGUUGCGCUGGCUGAAAGAUGAAAGGCUAGCGUGCUAUACUUGUGUUGGUGGAUGUCUAUUAAGCGCUUUGGAUUGGAGGUGGCAACGGAGGUAUUCUUCUGUUGGCUGUUCGGAAAUGGCCAGUGGCUAUUCGGCAGUGCCCAGUGGGCUAUUCGGCAGUGCGCAGUGGCUAUUCGGCAAUGCCCAGUGGCUAUUCGGUCGACCAAUUCCACUGGCUAAAGGAUGAGAGGCUAGCUUGCUAUACUUGUUCGGUGAGGCAAAGGAGAUGGAUUGUAUGUGUCUCUUCUGGGGCAUCAUUUUCUUUGUAUCUUUUUCGAGCCUGUCGUCACUUUCACAGGCAUGGCCAUACUCACACGAGCACUUUCCAAAAUGCAUCUGACUGCGAUUGCGGCCGGACCUGGAUGAAUCUGACUGCAAUCGCGUCCAGAGCGUUGUAGAAAUUGUCCUACUGUGAG